AUGGCACGACGCAAAGAUUCAGCGGGGAUGGCUGCUCGGUCUUCUCGGGGGAAGAGCUCUGUGUGGCAGAGAGGCGCGGCUGGGAUAUCCGUUUCCCUCGUGGUAUGCUCUUUUCUGGCGUCAUUAUGGGCUGCGUACGUUGCGCAGUGCGAUGCCCUCGAUUUGAGCAAGCUGGAUCCUCCCCUCCCGCAAGCGGACUACUCUCUAGUGAUUCCCCCCUCCGAUCUAGAUGCGAUUGGUCGCCACGUUCAGUACUUGUUACCGAAUCAGAGAUUUAUGAUUGUGCUAGAGAGUCCGCGAGCGGUUCGGGUAUGGCCACGAAACGUACUAUUUGAAGUGUACGAUGUGGAUGACGGGAUCUGUGACGUGGUCUCGCUCAAGUCGUUGAAGUAUCUUUUCAAAAAAGCUCCUGCGAACUACGUGUACUGGCAUGUGACAGAGCAUGCCUUGCCCGGCGUCCCCGACCCGGUCAAGUCAUUAGUUUUUGUGGCUCCUCCGCCGGGCUCUUCCGGUGGAGACACUGAAGAGUUCUGCGUUGUCAUGCGCGAAAAACAGGGCUUUGGAGAAGUGUCAGUUGUGAUCAUGACCGGGCGGGGGUCUGGUGCUCAGGGGGCGGUUGUCCUCUUAUCCGUGGGUCUCCUGCCAAUCGUGGCCUCGGUUUUCGCACUGUGA